AUGUACAAGCUGGAGGCGAUGGCCCAAGACAAGGGCUUCCCGCCCUUGUCGCGAACGGUGGAAGUACAGAUUGACGUUGUGGACCGUGCGAAUAAUCCACCCGUGUGGGACCAUAUAGUGUAUGGGCCGAUCUACUGUAAAGAGAACAUGGCCGUUGGGGCUAAAGUUGUGUCUGUUAAAGCCAGGUCUGUCACUUAUUACGUGGUGGACAGCGACAGGAACGAAGGGAAGGAUUACUUCGAGAUCAAUCGGGAGACCGGAGAGAUCUUCACGAAGGUGAUGUUCGAUCGCGAGAAGCAAGGAGCGUACGCGUUGGAGGUGGAGGCCAGGGACGGUGCACCUUCCGCCAGGCCCAACAGCAACGGCCAGCCCAAUUCCGGUAUGAGCACACCUUCAUUUUCCAAUUUCUCCGCAUGCUUUCGAUCCAGUUAG